UCAGCAGAAAAAGGAGUGUCACGCUGUCAAUUCCGUAAGAUAACGUGACAAUCAGCUUUACUGAAGCAGCUCAAAGCGGCCCCUCAUGACGCUCUUUGGCCUACUCUUUGGCCUCUACUGGAUAUAUAACACAACCUUCGGCGGAAUGGAUACUCUAUUGCCUCGUGCUUCUCUCCUGUUCGGAUAAGCUCAUCAUGACCAUGCGUGAUUUUCAAAUGGACUCGUUGAGCCGCAUGCACCCUGCAUCUCUUGUGCACCCUGCUUCGCAUUCGCACGUUAUGCUGCAGCUCAUUGGCAUGGUCAUAUCUCCGCCUCUCAUUGAGUAUACUGUCGACUGUGUUACAGAAGCCGACUUCCGGUAUACUGGCUCCCGAAGCGCAGAGGACGACCAUCGCCACCUGACUGACUUUGUUACGACCCUCGUCUCGCACGCCCAAAUCACCACUCCGACACUGCUUGUCGCGCUGACGUACAUAACGCGCGCGCGCGCGAUCAUGUCCAUCCGCGGUGCUUCCGCUUUCGUCGCCCAGCGCCUCAUCCUCGGUGCGCUCGUGCUCGCGAGCAAGUACACGCAAGACAGCACGAUGCUGAACUGCCACUGGGCGAUGUGCACUGCGGGGCUCUUCACGACGCGUGAUGUGAGCAAGAUCGAGCGCGAUGUGCUGGCGGUGCUGGAUUGGGAGCUCCGUGUUAGGGAGGUGGAGGUGUUGGUGCAGUGCGAGGGGAUGAAGAAACGGGCCGAUGAAGGACUGGCGGAAUCUGUCCGCUACUCCGGGCGAAAUCGGUCCGUGAGGCAUCAUCGCCGUAGGAGGAUAACGACGACCUCAGUCGCCUGUACUUCCUCUGCCGGUGUACCGGAUUUGGCCUCCAGCCCUGCAAGUAGUCGGGACAUUGUAUCACCUCGCACUCCGCAGGAUGUUAUACCAUCGUGGAGGGAGCCUUCGAAGGCCACACGAGUGGCGAUGUCCGUCGUCCGCCAUGUCAAGCGGAGAAUCUCUGGUAUCAUCGUCCCCGGCUCAUAG